CUUCCGGCACAAAUUUGAAAAACGCAUUAUUUCAAAACUUUGACUUCGACUGGAUUUUGCAAGUCUUUUGAUCAAACAUUGGGCAUAAAGAAGAAGAUUAAAUAUGGCUCAUACAUGGCAGAACAAACCAAAUGAGAUGAAUCCCAUAAAGUCCAAAGACCCGAAGUUCACAAACGCAAGAUUAUUUGUGGGCAACCUGAAUACAUUUCAAAUGCAGCAGAAAGAAGUGACUGAGAUCUUCCAACGUUACGGCAGAGUUAUGGCUGUGUCUGUGCACAUAGGUUACGCAUUUGUGCAAUUCUUUAACGAGGCUAAUGCACGUGCUGCAGCUGCUAACGAGGAUCGCAAUAUGUAUGCAGGCCAGGUCAUAGAUGUUACAAUGGCAAAUGAACCUAAGAAACAUAGGCCAAAGAAAGGAGUCCCAGGGAAUGUCCAAGGCAAUCCUCCCUUCAACCAGCAACAGCAGAGACAUAAUCCAAUGCAGGGUGGCCCGCCUCAAAAACGUCAAAGAAAUGACUUCAACAUUCCCCGCCAGAGAAACAACACAACACUAGUAACAUUAACUAACAAUGUAGGCUCAUCAAAACCACCCGCAAUAACCCGUACCACCCCAAAGAAAGUGAGUGCUUCCCCUGCAGUUCAGCAGCCAGUUAUAACAACAGUCAAUGUACCUGCCAGUCAACCCCCACCUGCACAAAAACUGCAUACAUAUAUGGUGCCAGAUAUUCUAAUAUGUGGCCAGUGUAAACAGAUGUUCACCAGUAUAAAGAGUCUGUCUAAACACAGGGAGAACAGGUGUCACUUAAAGAUAGUGCAACAAGAGGGCCUCAAAGCAGGUGAACCCUCAAUUCUUAGCUGUGCCACUUGUGGAAGUAGCUUUGAGACAAGCUGGGAGUUGAUGCAGCAUUGCCAAUACAACCACAAUAUGAACAUAUACAUGGAGGAACCCACUCAGGAUGAUGACAAAGAAGAAGAUAAAGAUGAGGUAACAGCUAAUGAGGAUAAAGAUGCUAACAAGGAUGAUGCAACUGCAGAGGAAACUAAGGAGACAACCACAACUGAAGAGAUUGUUGUUGAGGAUGCAAGCAAUGAUGUUAAAGAUGAUGUGGUUGAUGAAGCUGAGGCUGAUGGUGCUGUAGAAGGAGAUAUCAGUCAGGAACUGGAGGAUGACCUCCUGGGCUAGACCACCACAAUGUAACAUAUCUUGGGGGAACUGACAUUUGACAUGGCAGAGAAGUAAGAGAAUGUAUAUUUUAGGUUCAUGAUGUUCUAGUACAGUGAAACUGUCAUGUGGAACACCUCUGUUAGGCCAAAAUUUUCGCAAAUCCCUAAACCAAAUUCUUGUCUUUAUGUUAAUAUGAACCUCCAAAGUAAAACCCAUUGUGCCAGAACCAAGUAUUCCAUUUACACAGGUUUUACUACAAUUCUUUCAUUUAAUACAGAGGUCCAGUGAUUGUCCUCAAGUCACCUCCUUGUGGAAGAAGUAUUGUGGAUCUCAAGUUCUCAUUUGUAGGAUUUUCAAACUUUAAAUUGCAAUAACAUACAAAUAUGCAUUUCAAUGCAACGAAACAAAAUAUAUGUGCUAAAAUGAGAAGGUUGACAUGUUAAAGUUAGAGUAUGUAAUAUGAUGUAUAUUAGUGGCUAACA